AUGGCUAACGAAGAGCUAAUGGCAUCUCUCGCGCAGAUGUUAGCCAAUGCCCUACGAUCCUCCAUUGAAACAGUAGCUGUGGGACAUUCGGAUGCCGUUAGGGCUGCUACAGCACAUCAAGCCAAGCCACCAUCGUUCUCAAUCUCCGAAUAUCGUUCUUCGGAAAACACCUCCGUUUCGGAUUAUUUCAAACGAUUCGAGUGGGCAUUGCAAUUGAGCAACAUCCCGGCUUCGCAAUACGCACAUUAUGCUCUAGUGCAUAUGGGUACGGAGCUAAAUAAUGCCAUAAAGUUCUUGGUGAGUCCCCGUGAUCCAGAAGACCUAACGUACGAUGAACUUCGUACGACGUUAGUUGGCCACUUUGACCAAGCAAGAGAUAAGUACGUAGAAAGCAUCAAGUUCCGCGAAAUCGUGCAACAAAAUGGCGAACCUGUAUCCAGUUUUGCUCUACGACUCCGGCAGGGUGCCGCAAACUGUGAGUACGGAGAUUUUCUCGACAGGAUGCUGAUUGAGCAGCUUUUGCACGGGCUUGAAUCGCGUGACAUGUGUGACGAAAUUAUUGCCAAGAAACCGGCAACGUUCAAAGUAGCAUUCGAGGUCGCACACACUUUGGAAGCCACCCGCAAUACAGCCAAAGAAGUUCGAACGGCAAGACCAUCGUUGUUAGCUGAGGCGACUAAUAAGUUAGGUUAUGAAAGGCCGAGGACGCGCAAAACAAACCUUCCCUCACACACACAGAACAAUCAAAAACAACAAUGGAGUGACCAACAGUCAUCCGAGCAGAGGGUUUGCGGUGGAUGUGGUGGCAAUCAUAAUAGAAGUCAGUGCAAAUUUCGUGAUGCAAAAUGCUUCAAUUGUGAGCGAAAAGGUUACAUUUCCAAAGUGUGCAGAUCCAGCACACAGAAUCCGCAGGAUCGAUCCACCGCCCAGAUCCAUUCGGAUGCGAUACUAGCUUCUCCAGUCGACAUGAUCCAGCCAUUGAGUAAAAUUCACUCCAUCAACACAUGUGGGAAGCAAGUUAUCCAUGUCACCAUUGACGGACACAGCAUGGACAUGGAAGUAGACACCGGUGCUCCUUGUGGUAUAAUCAGUGAAAAAAACUCCGUUUACACCGGGCAUCGUAUUCGGUGUUUAGGUCGUCUUCCAGUGAAUGUUUCUAUUGGUUCCACCACACGUAAGCUCAACUUGUACGUUGUUGCCGAAGAUUACGAUACACUUUUCGGUAGGGAGUGGAUCUCUCAAUUUGCGACCGAAGUGAAUUUGAACGAGCUUUUCACCCAAAGCAAUACGGUACACUCGCUGACGUCUACAUCUUCCAAGAUCUCAAUGGAUCAGCAACAGGCAUUGUCACAGUUGUUGGCCAACUAUGAUGACGUUUUCGGUGACACGGCGGGAAUGCUUAAGGGACCCCCAGCAUCGGUGCAUCUCAAACCAGGUACAACCCCGGUGUUUGCAAAAGCUCGAGACGUACCAUUAGCAUUGAAGAGUAAGUACGCGCAGGAAAUUGACAAGAAACUUGCGGCAGGUUUCUACGAGCGAGUCGACUACUCGGAAUGGGCGUCCACCACCCACAUUGUGGUGAAGAAGAAUGGAAAUCUUCGUAUCACCGGUAAUUACAAGCCUACUGUAAACCCCAGGAUGAUUAUUGACGAACACCCGAUCCCCAAGAUCGAAUCCAUCUUCAAUCAAAUGAAAGGAGCCAGUCUGUUCUGUCACCUGGAUAUGACAGAUGCUUACUCACACCUCCAAAUAGAUGCAGAAUUUCGACAUGUUCUCACGCUCAAUAUACCAACACACGGGUUGAUUCGACCGACAAGAGCAGUAUAUGGAGCCGCAAACAUCCCUGCGAUUUGGCAACGUCGUAUGGAAACAGUGCUAAAAGGUUUACCUAAUGUGGUUAACUUCUUCGACGAUAUUAUAGUCUUUGCAGACAGUUUCGAAAAUCUACUAAUUGUCCUUUCAGCAGUUUUCGAUAGGCUAAAGAAUCACGGUUUACGAUUGAACCGUUCGAAAUGUGUUUUCGCCACCCGGUUCUCGAAUGCCUGGGUCACAAGAUCGAUGCAGACGGUUUACACAAAUCCGACCAACACAUAG